GCUGACAGUUUUCUGUCCCUCCAGGCCAAGUCCAACAGGAGAUCGAUGAAGUCAUUGGGCAGGCACGGCAUCCAGAGAUGGCAGACCAGUCCCGAAUGCCCUUCACCAAUGCUGUGGUUCACGAGGUGCAGCGAUUUGCAGACAUUGUCCCAAUGAAUGUGCCACACAAGAUAUCCCAUGACGUUGAAGUACAGGGCUUCCUCCUCCCCAAGGGCAUGACACUCAUUGCCAACCUGACUUCAGUGCUGAAGGAUGAGAACACCUGGGAGAAACCCCUCCAAUUCCAUCCAAAACACUUCCUGGACGCCCAGGGCCGCUUUGUGAAGCCUGAGGCCUUCAUG